AGUGGUGAGGAGGAGGAGUGUGUUCCUGACGUUAGCCGUGGGGUGUGUUUGUGCCCGGCCUCCGUAGACGCGGAACUUCAGCAGAGACUGCCGUUAACGGAGAAUCGGAGGAGAGUCUAUAGCGUUUACUGAAGAAAUCUUCCGUGCAGGACUUCGUUUACCGAUAUGUACCGCUUGCGGACGCUGACGGCUGUCACCGUCGGGAUGGUGCAGUUGUCAAGACGGCAUCACAGCGGUGCCUUCCGUUCCCAUCAGCGGCGCAGACUGAUGCUGGCUGCCCUGGCGGGGGUAACGGGCAUCUCAGCCAGUGCUGGACUACUGUGGACAAGAGCAUAUGCAGAGGCAGGGUCUUCAGUGAAGCAUGAGGAGCAGAUAAAGGAGGAGGAGAAGGAUGUGGCAGAAGAGGUGGAGUCAGACGACGCUCUUGAGUCGAGUAGCGGUGGGGAGGAAGAUGAGGCCGGCUCAGAAGGGAAGAGAAAGAAACAAAGAGUUGGCUUCCGUGACCGCAAGGUGAUGGAGUAUGAGAACCGGAUCAGAGCUUACUCCACCCCAGACAAGAUUUUUCGCUACUUUGCCACCCUGAAGAUCAUCAGUGAGCACGGAGAUGCGGAGGUGUACAUGACACCACAGGACUUUGUGCGCUCCAUCACACCCAAUGAGAUACAGCCAGAGAACCUUGGUCUGGAUCAGUUUGUGGUGAAACGCUUUGAUGGAAAGAAGAUCUCUCAGGACAGAGAGAAGUUUGCAGAUGAGGACAGCAUUUUCUUCACACUGGGGGAGUGUGGACUCAUCUCUUUCUCUGACUACAUCUUCCUCACAACUGUCCUCUCCACUCCUCAGAGGAAUUUUGAAAUCGCCUUCAAGAUGUUCGACUUGAACGGAGACGGAGAGGUCGACCUUGAGGAGUUUGAGCAAGUUCAGAGUAUCAUUCGUUCUCAGACCAGUAUGGGCAUGAGACAUCGAGAUCGCUCCACCACAGGAAACACUCUGAAGACAGGAUGCAGUUCAGCCCUCACCACCUACUUUUUCGGGGCCGAUCUGAAGGGCAAGCUCACCAUCGGCAGUUUCCUGGAGUUCCAGAGGAAAUUACAGCACGAUGUGCUAAAGCUUGAGUUCGAGAGGAAUUAUCCCGUGGACGGCAGGAUCACAGAGAAGCAGUUUGGAGGCAUGCUGCUGGCCUACAGUGGAGUUCAGUCUCGCAAACUCAAACAGAUGCAGAAGAACCUCAAGAGGAUGUUCAAGGAUGCUCAGGGCAUCACGUUUGAAGAGGUGGAGAACUUCUUCACCUUCCUCAAGAAUGUCAAUGAUGUGGACACCGCAUUGAGUUUCUAUCACAUGGCAGGUGCCUCGAUUGAUAAAGCCACCAUGAAGCAGGUGGCCCGAACCGUGGCCAAGGUAGAGCUGUCCAACCACGUGUGUGACGUGGUGUUUGCACUCUUCGACUGUGACGGAAAUGGGGAGCUGAGUAAUAAGGAGUUUAUCUCCAUCAUGAAACAGCGGCUGAUGCGUGGGCUGGAGAAGCCCAAGGAUAUGGGCUUCACCCGGCUGGUGCGCUCCAUGUGGAAGUGUGCCCAGGACACAGCCUGGGACUUUGCCAUGCCGAAACAGCAGUAACAUCUGAGACGGCCGCCCGUCCAUUGAUGUUACGCUCCAUAUGGAGUAUAAUUAAUCAUUAAGGGAUGAACUCUGGAAGGCACAUCUGAUAACGCAUGCUACGAUGACUACAGUUCAUCCUCAAGCCCUCCUGCAACUACUCAACAUCCAGACAGAGCUCACUAUCUUGUAUUUAUUCCUUCUGUCGGACAGUUUUUGGAGUUGAAUGCACAGUUCUGCACACACUAGAAUGUGAUUGUAGCAUGAGAAAACAUCAGCGAGAGGUCUUCAUCAAGUGCCAUUGGUCUGAAAUGAAUGUUAGGACACAUAUAACUCAUGAUAUUCAGCUUUGACUUUAAAACACUCACCAUCACUUCUUCAGCAAAAAGCUCUUUAUUUUGCACUCCUCUUAAAAAUGUGUCUCAGUCUCCAGAACUGAUGUGACAACAGCGACAAGCUAUUUUUAUUUAGUUGUAAGCUGCAUUAAUGUUUUGAAAAUCUCGUUGUUGAAUGGCUUUGUAAGAGUGACGCUGGAAGAAUGAUAAUAUUAAAACAUUUUACAGUC